UCAACAGGAAAUGCAGUUCUGGCCAAAUGACUAUUUGCUUAGUGAAUUGCAAGCUCGUCGAGCCCACUGCCCAGCCUGCGAUGAAACUUCGCAUCAUCCGCAUCAUAAAAUAAUUAAAUAAUCCAUUUUUCAAUAAUUCUACUCCCGCAAAUUUCAGGGAAUUCCUUGAUUAGUGUGCUUCUGCAUUCCUUAUUCAAGUGGGUGGUGGCUGACUCUUUGAUUGUAAAGGGGUUGUACCUAAGCAGUGCGUGCUUAAGCUGUCCAACAACUAGAAACCGAGAUUGUUAUCGGGAGUUCCAAAUAUGUACUGGAGUGGGGCUACAGCUACCACAGUUCGGGGUGGAUCACCCACUGAUAGUGGGGAUUCUGUUGUGACUUUGGACCAAGUUCCUCGAUGGAGUGAUGCAGAGAGUAGAUUAUCACUUGGUUAUGACAAUGAUGACCCUUCAUUUUCCAAUUCAUAUUUCCCUGAUCCUUUAACGUCUCCUACUGAUGGAGAAGGUAGUGGAAAUGGGAUGGUAUCAAGGUUUCCUGUUGAUCCCGAAAUCAACUCAAAGAUAUAUCUAUGGAGGGGAAAUCCAUGGAAUCUUGAGGUUGAUGCUGUUGUGAACUCUACAAAUGAGAACAUGGAUGAAGCACACAGCAGUCCUGGUCUGCAUGCAGCAGCUGGACCUGGCCUUGCGGAGGAAUGUGCUACACUGGGUGGAUGUCGAACAGGGAUGGCAAAAGUUACUAAUGCAUAUGACCUGCCUGCUAGGAGAGUUAUACACACAGUUGGACCUAAAUAUGCAGUGAAAUAUCAUACUGCUGCAGAGAAUGCUCUGAGUCACUGCUAUAGGUCUUGCCUCGAGCUUCUCAUUGAAAAUGGUCUUCAGAGCAUCGGAAUGGGAUGUAUAUAUACAGAGGCUAAAAAUUAUCCUCGUGAACCAGCUGCACAUGUGGCUAUAAGGACAGUACGCCGUUUUCUUGAGAAGCAGAAAGAUAAAAUAAAAGCUGUUGUUUUUUGUACAACCACAACAACUGAUACUGAAAUAUAUAAGAGAUUGCUACCGCUAUACUUUCCUCGAGACAAACAUGAAGAGGAGGUGGCAAUUUCAAAGCUUCCUGCUGAUGUUGGGGAUGAAAAUGGUGAGACAAUAAUAGAUGAACGUAAAAUCAGAAUAAAGCCUUUGCCCAAGAAAACUGCUCCCAAACCUCCCCAAGACGAAGUAGACCUUCCUGUCAGUGACGUUGGCUUGGUACAAAGAAAUUCUUCGUACUUGGACUCAUAUUUGGAUCCAGCUUUCAUGUCAUUAAUUAAGGAUCCAGAUCAGAGGCGCAAGGAGCAAUGGGAAAAAACUGCUCAAGCCCAGAGUGGAUGGAAUUGUGCUAAAAUGCUUGGAUUUGGUGAUCUUGGUGGUCCUCCUCUUUCUAUUGCUGAAGAAUAUUCUCUUCACUCUAGAUACCUUGCUAAAGCAAAUUCUCUAAAUCUUUCUGAAAUUGCAGAGAUGAAAAUUGUUUAUCGUGGUGGGGUAGACAGUGAGGGCCGUCCUGUAAUGGUUGUUGUGGGAGCACAUUUUUUGCUGCGAUGUCUUGAUCUGGAGAGAUUUGUGCUUUAUGUGGUGAAGGAAUUUGAGCCCAUAAUACAGAAGCCUUACACAAUUGUAUAUUUCCACUCUGCAGCAUCUUUGCAGCUUCAACCUGACUUGGGAUGGAUGAGAAGAUUACAACAGAUACUUGGUCGGAAACACCAGCGGAACCUGCAUGCAAUUCAUGUUCUUCAUCCUACAUUUCAUCUGAAGGCUACAAUUUUUGCUCUGCAGUUAUUUGUUGAUAGUGUGACAUGGAAGAAAGUGGUAUACGCUGAUCGGCUUGUACAGCUGUUCCGACAUGUUCCUCGUGAGCAGUUGACCAUCCCAGACUUCGUUUUCCAGCAUGAUUUAGAAGUAAAUGGAGGAAAGGGUCUUAUUGUGGACCCCAGAACAAAAUACGUGUAUCAUCGACCAUAGGGAUCACGUGUACCGUUUGCUCCGCUGACUAUGGAGGUGGCUGCUGCAUUCGGCAUCAGUAGUGUACAAAUUGUAUCUGAUUUGUUUAUUUUUUUUUUUUAAAUAUUGGUGUUGCGUUUGGUUUUAAAAUGUACGAAUACUUUUCCUUUUUCUCAAAUUUUCUUAUAUAUAAUUUGAUUUCUUGAGCCA